AGCGUAGGGGUGAGGAGGAGAGAGGGGGGAGAGAGAGGGACUCCGCGGCGGUGCGUGAGAGCGAAAUCUCAGCGCUUCUGGUGGAGGGCAAGCCGGAGGAGUUCGCGCCGCCCUCUCACCCUUCCCCUCCCCCACCACCCCGGGAGAGAGCGAGCGAGCGAGGGGGGAGAGAGAGAGAGAGAGAGAGAGAGAGCCAGGCGCUCCUCGCUUCUCCGUCCGGGCCGCGCUGGGCCUGUUGGUACCGCGUCGCGCCGACCGGCGAGGAGCCUUCGGCGUCGUCUCGGUUGUCGCCGCGAUGGCGCCGCUCCUGGGCCGCAAACCCUUCCCGUUGGUGAAACCGCUUCCCGGAGAGGAGCCGCUCUUCACCAUCCCACACACCCAGGAGGCCUUCCGCACCCGGGAAGAGUAUGAAGCCCGCUUGGAAAGGUACAGUGAGCGCAUUUGGACCUGUAAGAGCACUGGAAGCAGUCAGCUCACUCACAAGGAGGCUUGGGAGGAAGAACAAGAAGUUGCUGAACUUUUGAAGGAGGAGUUCCCUACCUGGUAUGAGAAACUUGUUCUGGAAAUGGUUCACCAUAACACUGCUUCCUUGGAGAAGUUGGUAGAUACUGCUUGGUUAGAGAUCAUGACCAAAUACGCUAUAGGAGAAGAGUGUGACUUUGAGAUUGGAAAGGAGAAAAUGCUCAAAGUGAAGAUUGUAAAGAUACAUCCUUUGGAGAAAGCUGAUGAGGAGGCCACUGAGAAGAAAACUGAUGGGGCCUGUGAUUCUCCAUCAAGUGACAAAGAAAAUUCCAGUCAGAUUGCUCAGGACCAUCAGAAGAAGGAGACCAUAGUAAAAGAGGAUGAAGGACGGAGAGAAAGUAUUAAUGACAGAGCACGUAGGUCUCCACGAAAACUUCCUACUUCAUUAAAAAAAGGAGAAAGGAAAUGGGCUCCUCCGAAAUUUCUGCCACACAAAUAUGAUGUGAAGUUGCAAAGUGAAGAUAAGAUCAUCAGCAAUGUGCCAGCAGACAGCUUGAUCCGCACAGAGCGCCCCCCAAAUAAGGAGAUUCUGCGAUAUUUCAUACGGCACAAUGCCUUACGCGCGGGUACUGGUGAAAAUGCACCUUGGGUUGUAGAAGAUGAGUUAGUGAAAAAAUACUCCCUGCCCAGCAAGUUCAGCGAUUUUUUGCUUGAUCCGUAUAAGUACAUGACUCUCAACCCCUCUACCAAGAGGAAGAAUGCUGGAUCUCCAGACAGGAAGCCCUCAAAGAAACCCAAGAGGGACAGUUCUUCUUUGAGUUCCCCACUGAACCCUAAAUUGUGGUGCCAUGUGCACUUGGAGAAAUCACUGAAUGGUCCGCCACUCAAAGUAAAGAACUCAAAGAAUUCCAAGUCUCCCGAAGAGCACCUGGAAGAAGUGAUGAAGAUGAUGUCACCCAACAAGCUACAUGCCAACUUCCACAUUCCUAAGCAAGGUCCACCUACCAAGAAGCCAGGGAAGCCCAGUGGCAACCCUCUAAAGGCAAAGGGCAGAGGCAAAGGUAUUCUGAAUGGACAAAAGUCCACAGGGAAUUCCAAAUCACCCAAGAAGUGUUUGAAGACUCCCAAGACCAAAAUGAAGCAGAUGACUCUGUUGGAUAUGGCCAAGGGCACUCAGAAAAUGACCCGGGCCCCACGGAAUUCUGGGGGUACACCUAGGUCCUCCAGUAAACCUCACAAGCACCUGCCUCCUGCUGCCCUGCACCUGAUUGCCUAUUACAAAGAAAACAAGGACAAGGAGGACAAGAAGAGCGCCCUGUCCUGUGUCAUCUCCAAAACAGCCCGUCUGCUCUCUAGUGAAGACAGAGCCCGGCUGCCAGAAGAGUUGCGGACCAUUGUUCAAAAGCGCUAUGAGCUCCUGGAGCAUAAAAAGAGGUGGGCUUCCAUGUCUGAAGAGCAGCGGAAAGAGUAUUUGAAAAAGAAACGACAGGAGCUAAAGGAGAAGUUGAGGGAAAAAGCCAAAGAACGGAGAGAGAGAGAAAUGCUGGAGAAACUAGAAAAACAGAAGCGGUAUGAGGACCAGGAGUUAGGUGGCAGGAACCUCCCAGCGUUCAGAUUGGUGGAUACCCCCGAAGGACUGCCCAACACCCUCUUUGGGGAUGUGGCUUUGGUGGUGGAGUUCCUGAGUUGUUACUCCGGGCUGCUCUUACCAGAUGCUCAGUAUCCAAUUACUGCCGUGUCUCUAAUGGAAGCCUUGAGUGCAGACAAGGGUGGCUUUUUAUACUUGAACAGAGUGCUGGUCAUCUUGUUACAGACUUUACUACAAGAUGAAAUUGCAGAAGACUAUGGAGAGUUAGGAAUGAAGCUAUCAGAAAUCCCACUCACUUUGCACUCUGUUUCAGAGCUGGUACGGCUCUGCUUGCGCCGAUCUGAUGUCCAGGAGGAGAGCGAAGGCUCAGAAACAGAUGACAAUAAGGAUUUGGCACCAUUUGAGGACAAUGAGGUGCAGGACGAGUUUCUAGAGAAGCUGGAGACUUCGGAGUUUUUUGAGCUUAGCUCGGAGGAGAAGUUGCGGAUCCUGACAGCACUGUGUCACCGGAUCCUCAUGACCUACUCUGUGCAAGACCACAUGGAAACUAGGCAGCAGAUGUCUGCAGAACUGUGGAAGGAGCGGCUUGCUGUAUUGAAGGAGGAGAAUGAUAAGAAGAGAGCAGAGAAACAGAGGCGGAAAGAGAUGGAAGCUAGAAACAAAGAAAACGGAAAAGAAGAGAAUGGGUUAGGCAAAGCUGAUAGGAAGAAGGAGAUUGUGAAGCUUGAGCGCCAAGUAGAUAUGGAGGCUGAAGACAUGAUCAGUGCUGUGAAGAGCAGAAGGCUGCUUGCCAUGCAAGCUAAGAGGGAGCGGGAGAUCCAGGAGAGAGAGAUGAAAGUGAAACUAGAGCGCGAAGCUGAGGAAGAACGGAUACGUAAGCAUAAGGCAGCUGCCGAGAAGGCUUUUCAGGAAGGCAUUGCCAAGGCAAAGCUAGUGCUGCGCAGAACCCCUAUUGGUACAGACCGGAACCAUAAUAGGUACUGGCUCUUCUCGGAUGAGGUUCCAGGAUUGUUCAUUGAAAAAGGCUGGGUACACGACAGCAUCGAAUACCGAUUCAACCAUCAGCGCAAAGACCACGCAGACUCCCCUGAUGAGGACUACUGUCCCCGCAGUAAGAAAGCAAACUUGGGCAAAAAUGCAAGCCUGCAUACACAGCAUGGAUCAGCUCUAGAAGCUGCUGUGGAGACUACUGUGCCCAAGCAAGGCCAGAACUUAUGGUUUUUGUGUGACAGUCAGAAGGAGCUAGAUGAGUUACUAAACUGCCUUCAUCCUCAGGGAAUAAGAGAAAGCCAACUUAAAGAGAGACUAGAGAAGAGGUACCAGGAAAUUACUCACUCCAUUCAUUUGGCUCGGAAGCCAAAUUUAGGCCUCAAGUCCUGUGAUGGCAACCAAGAGCUCUUAAACUUUCUCCGAAGUGAUCUCAUUGAAGUUGCAACAAGGUUACAGAAAGGAGGGCUUGGAUAUGUAGAAGAAACAUCAGAAUUUGAAGCCCGGGUCAUUUCCUUAGAGAAACUGAAGGAUUUUGGGGAGUGUGUCAUUGCACUUCAGGCAAGUGUCAUAAAGAAAUUUCUCCAAGGCUUCAUGGCUCCCAAGCAAAAGAGAAGGAAACUCCAAAGUGAAGAUUCCACAAAAACUGAGGAAGUGGAUGAAGAGAAAAAAAUUGCAGAGGAAGCAAAGGUUGCAUCUGCCCUGGAAAAGUGGAAGGCAGCAAUCCGCGAAGCUCAGACUUUUUCCCGAAUGCACGUUCUACUUGGAAUGCUUGAUGCCUGCAUCAAGUGGGACAUGUCUGCAGAAAAUGCUAGAUGCAAAGUUUGUCGAAAGAAAGGUGAGGAUGACAAACUGAUCCUGUGUGAUGAGUGUAAUAAAGCCUUCCACCUGUUCUGUCUGAGGCCGGCCCUCUAUGAAGUACCAGAUGGCGAAUGGCAGUGUCCAGCUUGCCAGCCUGCUACCGCCAGGCGCAAUUCCCGUGGCAGGAAUUACACUGAAGAGUCUACCUCUGAAGACAGUGAAGAGGAUGAGAGUGACGAGGAAGAAGAAGAGGAAGAGGAGGAGGAAGAGGACUAUGAGGUGGCUGGUUUGCGGUUGAGACCUCGGAAGACCAUCCGGGGCAAGCAAAGUGGCAUCUCCCCUGCUGGGAGGCUAGGCCGACCGCCCGGCAAGAAGCCACAUCCGGCCAGGAGAUCACAGUCAAAGGCCCCACCUGUGGAUGAUGCUGAGGUUGAUGAGCUGGUACUUCAGACCAAGCGCAGCUCCCGGAGGCAGAGCCUGGAGCUACAGAAAUGUGAAGAGAUUCUCCAUAAGCUCGUGAAGUACCGCUUCAGCUGGCCAUUCAGGGAGCCUGUGACCAGAGAUGAGGCCGAGGACUACUACGACGUGAUCACCCACCCCAUGGACUUUCAGACCAUGCAGAACAAAUGCUCGUGUGGGAGCUACCGCUCCGUGCAGGAGUUUCUCACUGACAUGAAGCAGGUGUUUACCAACGCCGAGCUCUACAACUGCCGCGGCAGCCACGUGCUCAGCUGCAUGGCGAAGACAGAGCAGUGUCUGCUGGUUCUGCUGCAUAAGCACCUUCCAGCCCACCCCUACGUCCGCAGGAAACGCAGGAAGUUUCCUGAUCGCCUCACUGAUGAUGAUGGGGACAGUGAUCCAGAGCCCGUUGGACAGCCCAGGGGACGAAGACAGAAGAAAUAGAGAAGCAGGGCCCUGGUGAGGGAGCUGAGGUGGGGGAACGAUAGGAGACCAGACCAUUAGGGAGGGUGGGGCAUCAAGAAAAGAUGAAGAGCUUGAAGGGGAAGCGACCGACUGUAGGCAUACAGAAACACAUGUCACCCCAGGCUUAAGCUGUUGGAGAAAGCUCCCCACCCCGGGCCUUAAUCAAGCAGAAUUCUUGGGGUCCUGAUCCUAAGCUGCUGAUCCUUACUCAGAAGGACUAGUGGGAGAUGCAGGCUGUACCCUGUGUCCUGAGAGUUUGAGGAAGUGCCCAGUCCUCCUCUCCCCUUAGCUCCUCCCACCUCAGCUCCUAGGCAGUGCCAAGUUCUGGUCUCCAAGAAGGUGCUGUACCCCACAGCAGGAUGGAGAGUCAGGCCACUCUGGGAGCGGUGCAGAUCUGUUUUGAAUCUAUAUUUAUACACAGUCCUAUUUCUCUAAGCCCACACUCUGUCUCGUCCUCCCUCAGGUGGCGGUAUCCAUGAGUGCCAUACAGAGUUCUGUAUUCACCAGCGUCAUGGGACAGUGUGAGCCUUGGGUUGAUCUUGAGCAGAGUAGAGACAUUGCCUGGAGCCAUUCCUGAGUGCCCUUUCCCUUUGUGACAGCCCUCUACCCACUCCCACCACCUCACCUCCUCAAAAACAGUAAACUAAGGCACUUCCCAUAGACUGGAGUCCUGCUUAUGAUCAUGCAUAAGGCCUUGGCUUUGAUGGGUCUGGCCAGAGGGGUGUUGGAGCCCAGCCCACCCACAACCCAGACAAGCUCUCUUAUAGGGAGCAGAAGAAGAGCAGGAAGAAGUUAAAUGUUUAAUUUUUUUAAAUUGACUUUUCUAGUUAUUAAAAUUGCUUGUUUCAGCAGUGAUAUUGUAUAAAAACAUCUUGUAAGAUAUAUGUCAUCUUGCUUUGGCACAUGUACAGUACAGUUUAUAUGAUACGUGUUUGCUUUCUCCCUUGCUGUCCUUGAGAGACUGGCUUGGGAGCACGUCAAGGGCAGGUGGUGGGAUCUGGGGUUGGGGACCCUCUGCCAGCCUGUCCACAGCUGCUCCUCCAAGUCCACCCUGACCCAGACAUGGAGUUCCUGGGCCUCCGUGGUCAGUGUCAGUGCCGGGAGGAGGCAGGGUGGGCCACGCAGCCCUUUGUAGCCAGCCUGGCCUCAGUGUUGUAUUUAGGCAAAAGUUUGUAGUCUGCCAUCCCUUUUAUGACAGAUUUUGAUAAAAGUACAAGACAGGGUUGAAUUUUCUUUUCUAACAACUUUGAAUUUGGAGAAUGUGAGCUCUCAGCUCUUAAGCACUCAUUUAAAGAAAAAGAAACCCACCACAGCACCGGAAGUGCCGCGGCUUCCAGGUGUGGUCCAGUGGCUUGGAGUAAGCACUGACAUUCAGCGACAUGGUCCCAGCCACCGCCCCGUCCCCCGCUGCUUCUCCUGAUCGGUGUUAGAGUGAGAAUCCCAUGUUCCCACGGCAGUGACAUCUCAAUCAUUGAUGGCUUUUUAAAUUGUGUUAAAGGAGGAAGGGCCCCAUGAAAGGGUGGACUUGUAAUAAAUUUGGAACUUCAAAUAAA